GCCACAUUUCCUACCCGAGCAUAGCAUCGCCAGCCUUUUGUCCUUUUUGCUUCGCAACCGCACCCAACAGCCCGCCAUGGAAGUCGACGGAGCGAAUGAGCUUCUUUCCAAGGUCGCGGCAGGCGACUUGAUUGAUCGCACCGAAUGGGCUACUUUGCGAUCCCACAUUCUCACGCGACUAGACAAGAUUGCCCACGAUGAAUUCCCCAUCCCCAAGCUUCCUCCGCCUCCUCAGAACCCAAGACCAAUCGAUCCCCGCGUCCAGCCUCGCAAGUCAUCCUCACCAGCGCCAGACAGCUCCGCCGAAGAUGCAGACAAAGAAAAUGCCCCGGCCCCUGCUCCUGUCGUCCAAGUGCAAGAGCUUGCGCCCGGCGAGCUGCCGCGCCAGAUUCAAGACAUGCUCGACGACAUCCGCGCCUACAUCCAAAGCUUCGAAAACUACCCUCCGCACACGAUCCAGCGCCUUGCUGAACUCAUAAUCUCCCCUCGAGCCCAUUACAAAGCACUGGCUGCCUACCUGCACGCCGUGGAUAGAGUAGUCCUCGUCACAUCAGGCACCGACGUGUACCCCCUGCCACCAGCCAUCCCCGACAUGUCCAGCAUGAACAUCAACGGCACCACGGAUGACGAGUCGAAGGAUCCUGCCGACGGCGUCAGCUGGGGCAACUCGACCAAUGCGGCCGUGGGCUCCGACGAAGCACUAGGCGGCGCCCUGUUGACGCCGAUUCCGUGGUUGACGCGACGCAGCCCAGGAAGCGAUGAGGACGGCCUCGGCGCACAGAUUCACAGCGAGGGCACAGAAACGAUAGAUGGGCCGAACGGUGUCGGUAGUAUCGAGACCGUCUCGGUGAGCAUCAACGGCAUUGUUUCUACAGGGCAUGCGCGCGGUGUCACACAGGGCGAGCUGCUCCGCCAAGAACAGCGAGCGGGUGUAGUCCCCGUGAGCCAGCUGGCCCGGCCACCUGCACAUGAUGACGACGAGGAGCGUGAAGAUGAGAAGAUCCAUGAAGAUGGUGAGAAGGCUUCUACUGAAGAAGAUGAAGAGGAGGUGCCGCAUGCCAGAGGUCCAGAGGAGAUUGGUGUCAACGACACAGGCCCACAGCGUACAACGGCAUCGGUAGUUGGCGAAGGUGGCGUGGAGAUGCAAAGUAUUGAUGUGGCUGCUGCUGUUGGCCGAAGCCGUGACGAAGAGCUGCACCCAGAGCCUAGCAAGCCCAAAGAGGGCGAUGAGGAAGCUGCUGAAGCGGCUGUCCAAGAUGCUCCGAGCCCUGCAGAGAGCACGGGUACGAAGCGGGAGGCCGAGGGUGAUCUGGAGGGUGAACCGCCCAGGAAAGCUCGCGAAAUAGAUGAUGCUUCCUUGGAUAAGCCGGAAACUACCGACAAGGUAGAGGAGAAAGAGGCCUCAGACGAGGCUAAAGCGCCAGAAGAAGCGGCCAAGAAGGACGACGCAUAGACUUUUAACGGUCUCGUAUUAUGGGAGGUGUUUGGGAGUCCACUUGUACAUUUUACUUUUAUUUGAUUUUAAAUACAACAGCGUGUCUGAAUCUAGCCAUAUCCGUCUUUCUUACUUGUAGUUGAUUGUGUCGACUAUGCCUGUCCAAGAGAUAUCACAUAGAUGGAGCUUUAUGAGAUUCAUUCAAAUGCUUUAUUAUUGU